AUGGCGAUACUUCAAAAUCUCCAAGAAGAGGAUAUCGAAUGGAAGGCCCCUUGGAUGGUUUCUGAUGAGAUUCUCUACCGAUGUGGGAGUUAUGAUUGGGUCCCUUUGUUGGGGAUUUGGGGAGCCGUUGGAUACGCCCCUCUACUAGUAUUGAGGCAAUAUAGAUCAAGACAAUUUAUAUCGAUGACGCAAGGGCUAGCUCAGAGCGGGUUCUCGUAUGGGGAGAAAGACUCCAAGAAAAAGAGUCGUGAGAUUUAUAAUGCCUGGAACCAAACUUGCCGGAUAAAGAGAGUUGCUGUGAAUCCAAUGGUAACUCCUGAAUAUAACGAAUGGUGGAGUAGAAGGGUUAAUGAUAAUAUCCCGAGGCCGAAUUUAGAAGAAGUUCGACCGAUAGAGGAAUAUCUGCGAGUGAAAACCUCAGAGUUAGAAAGGAAAAUAGAGCAGUUGGAGGAGGAAAAAGUAUACUUAAAGUUGGAUGUUGAUGUUCAAAAAUCCGAGGCUGAGAAUUUGAGAAAGAGAAAGAGAGAAGUUGAGGAGGACCUAGACAGUCUGAAGACUGAUUACAAGCAGCUGCAUAAGUCAAUAAGAAAUGCUGGUUUGGGUAAAACGUCUGAACAGUGGAGGCAGGAAAUUCAAGAGGAAAAGGCUAGGAUUGAUUGGUGGGAAAGAAAGUUCCACGAUGCUCAAGCUCGAGAAGUCACUUGUAAAAAGAGUUUGAAUGAUAGCCAGAAUGAAAAACAGGUGUUAAGAGCUCAGGUGGAGGAGUUAGAAACGGCAUUACAGCAACAUCGGUGUCGUAACUCAGUAAUUGAAUUAAGAGCUAGUCUAAGCAAGAUCGAGAAUUUGAAGGGGAAAGUAGAAGAACUUGAUGCUACACUUCAGAACUGUGAGAAUCAAAUUGAAUUAUUGGAAGCAAAUAAUGAGCAACUAGGGGAGCAACUUCACCGAUCUCAGGAUCAGGUCCGAGAUAGGGAUUACUUAAUGGGUGAAGCUAUAGCUCAGAUACGAGAGGUGGCUGAUCACUUACAGACUUUGGCGGUCCAAGCAGAUGUGCUAGGAGUUAAAUAUGAGUUAGAAUCAGAUCGGGGGCGAGAGUUAGCCUGCCUUCUUAGGAAAGUAAAAGCUUUGGGUGUUAGGGCAAGACCGUAUAUGUAA